UUAUGUAUGAGUCACUCUAAACAAUGAGGGGGAAAAAAGGAAGAAAACCUUUACACUUCAAAAAAGUUGGUAACUAUAAAAAGGUGGGUAGCUUAGCUAGUCUUACUCAUUUCUUCAUAUUUCAUCAUCAUCAUCAUCAUCAUAUGGUCUUACCAUUUUCCUUAUUGUUGUUGUACUUUGAUAAAUUGUUUAGUAAAGUGUUUGGUGGUGUGAUCAUCAAAUUCAUCGAAAUUUCAUCAUCAUUGUUAUUUGAUCAUGGGAAGGCAACCUUGUUGCGAUAAACUUGGUGUGAAGAAAGGGCCAUGGACUGCCGAUGAAGAUAAGAAACUCAUCAACUUCAUCCUCACUAAUGGCCAAUGUUGUUGGCGGGCUGUCCCGAAGCUCGCCGGACUCCGGCGUUGCGGCAAGAGUUGCCGGCUCCGGUGGACCAAUUACCUUCGCCCUGACUUGAAGAGAGGCCUCCUCACUGAGGCUGAGGAGCAAUUGGUUAUUGAUCUUCAUGCUCGCUUGGGUAAUAGGUGGUCGAAAAUUGCUUCAAGAUUGCCCGGAAGAACAGAUAACGAGAUUAAAAAUCACUGGAACACCCACAUCAAGAAAAAGCUGAUCAAGAUGGGGAUUGAUCCUGUCACACACGAACCACUUCAUAAGGAAACGAAACCAGUCGAUGAAACAUUAUCAUCACCUAAUAAUAACAUUAAUAAUGCUACCAAAUUUCUUGAUCAGAAACCGAAAUUAUCCGAAACCGAUAUGGGAAAUAAUAAUAACAAUAGCGCUAGUACUACUACUAGUGUUAGCACUAGUGUAGCUAGCUCGGAGGAUCAGAAUUCAUCAUCAUCAUGCUCCCCGACGGAGAAUUCUUCGACCGACGAAUCGAGUUUGUUACUCGAUGGUGUUCUUGACAAUGUUACUGAUUAUGAUCCGUUGAUAAGUUACUUAUUGGAUGAUGAUGUUUCAAUUUCACCAGUAAUUAAUGAUGCUGCUUCAUGGAGUAAUUUUGUCAAUCCAGCUGAUCAAGCACCACCACCAGCGCAACAGUUUCAGGAUGAUCAUAACUCAUGGGGGGUGCCAUUUUUAGAUGAAGAUUUCUCAUGGCUACUGGACUGUCAAGACUUUGGUGUUCAUGAUUAUGGGUUCGAUUGUUUUAAUGACAUGGAAAUCUCAAAUGUCAUGAACACAUUGGAGGUGGGAAACAAGGAGUAAAGUUCACAAUCUUCUUCUUUUUUUUUGUUUUUGUUUUUUUUAAGGGGGGUAAAAAUCACAUAUGGAAAUGGUACUAAAUUUAGUUUCCUUAGUUAGGACACAUGUUACCUAAACUUAGGUACCAUGUUUGUUAGAUUUUUAAUUAGUGAUUUUGUAUGUGUUAAUGUGUUAAAUGGCCCAAUUAGGUUGUUGGAGGGUUGUCAAAGUGAAGUGAAAGAGCCUUGUUUCUUGAGAGGUCUCUCACCAAAACUCCUUAAGAGAGUAAAAAAGUACUACCAAAGUAAAGUAGCUAGAGAGGUCCAAAAGUGUGUCUUAUGUGUAACUUCAAAAAGGAAAAGGUUGUAGUUGUAGUCUCUUUACUCCUUUGUGUAAAAUAUAAGGGGGGAAAUACCACAUUAGCACCAAAGGGGGUUUGAUGUGAAUAUGAAAUGAAAAUCUUUGUACAUUUAUCUUACUUCUUGUGUAAUUAUGCUGAACUACAUGAAUCAAUAAAGCUCCAAAGUUUCUAUCAACA